AUGUUUGCUUUUUGGAGACAGAUCAAGCAACUGGCGUGGGGGAGUAAAGGGUCAGAUACAAAAGGGGGUGCGCUAUUGAGAUCUUUCAGUUCACUGAAAUACUUGUUAUCCGGCGACAACAUUGAAAAGAUAAAAAGAGUAGAUUUGUCAAAUGCGUUAAAACAUACUUCUAAACUAAAGGUCACGGACCAGGAAAUUGCUACGUUAGAUGAAGAUCUUGAUUUGUCGUCCAGGUUCAAAACAAGCCAAAGGUAUACUCAUGAUCUCAAUAAGCAUAUUUUGACACCUGAGAUCAAAAAGGCUUUGAAAAAGGAAUCGAGAUCAGGUCCAAAACCACAAGGGUUUAAGAAAGACGACAAGCAGAAAGCAAAUGGUUCACCUGCUUUGCAUUCUUCGUUGAGAUAUAAGAGCCCGGAUUAUAAAAUUCAGUAUAAUAAAGCAGCAAAAUCAUCGAAAUUUCUACCAAAGGAGAGCUCAGCGAAGCCUAAGGAGUCCCAGCAAUCCAAAAGAAAAGUUGAAUUUCUCACCACAUAUGCAUCGGAAGCAGAACAAGUAGAGCAGAUACAAGACUUAGAUACAGCCAGAAUAGCGAAGUUGUCUCAUAACUUGGAUAGAACAUUGUUUUCACCUGGAGUACAUUUCUUACAAGACCCUAGGACAAGGAUUUACAAUUUUACUCCAUACUUGAAAAAAAUAAUCAAAAUUGAAGAUUUUAAUUUUGAUGCUAUAGAAGCAUUUGUUAGUGUAUCAAAAGACGAAGUCUUGUUAAAGGUCGCGAGAGAGAAUAACAAGAAAUUUUACUCUUCGACGUCCUCUAUGACUUCAUCAUUAACACAAUUCUAUUAUUUAUUAAAUAACUAUAAUCCCGCUUCAGAGCAGAGGUUCAAUUUCCCUAAGUUCUCAGGAGCUAUUGAGAAGUUGGCUAGCAGUGUGAUAGUUUUUCCACGGGGUACUAAUGAUGAGACUGGCGAAUUAAUAUACUCUGUUGAAUCUGAUAAAUCAGCUGAUACAGAGAUUUUACUUUCAGCUAUGGGUCACUGUUUGGAGACUCUAUUGACUACUGAGGAAAACGAGUUUGACAAGUAUAAAUUACUGUAUAAAACUGAGGAAGUUAAUAAUCCCAAACCCCAGAAUGUAUACAACUAUGCGACAUAUGGCAGUUUCCUAAUGAGAUCACAGUUAGAUUGCUAUGAUGAAAGGUUACCAGGAAAUGGUACUUUUGAUCUCAAAACAAGAGCGGUCUGUGCUAUCAGGUAUGAUAGUGGAAAUCCUGACUUGGCAAAUAACACUUACCAAAUAUGGAAAUUAAAUGGAGAUGUUGAAUCGUUUGAGAGAGAAUUUAAAGACUUAAUUAGGACAGGGGCUCUUUUGAAGUAUGGGUUUCAAGCAAGGAUCGGCCAGAUGGAUGGGAUUUUCAUAGCAUAUCAUAAUAUCAAUUCUUUUUUUGGGUUUCAGUAUCUACCUUUGAGUGAAAUAGACAAUGUUUUUUAUAACCAUGAAAGGAUAGGAAAGCUUAGAUAUCAUAAUGUUCAAAACCUCGAAAAAGUGAAUGACGAUUUACCUUCAUAUAUUGCUGAUUUUCAGUUCAAAAUGUCCAUAGAGAUUUGGGAAAGCUUACUAAAGACAAUUAUAGGCGACAUUGAAGAUCCAUCUCCAUUCAGAGUCGUAAUGAAAUCCUUAAAGUCUCCUAGUACACAAAAACAUCGAUUACAUGUUUUCGUCGUACCUUUACAUACAGAUGAGGUCGCAGAACUACAAAAAUUUCCAUCUGUUUUCAAAACUAGUUUCAAAGAGGAUAUCACUCAAGAACAAAGGUUGAAAAAUCUAACAGCCCACCGAGACAAACUUAACUCUUUCAAUGAACUGACUUCAAAACAUAAACUAUUGUCUUAUGUCGUUGAUGUGGAACAUUUAUUUGGUAAUGAUGCUACAAUAGCGGCACAUACACACCCUUACCCUCAUUCUAAAGACCAGAAAUGGAGGAUUAAAUACACGAUUACUAAGUGCAAACCAGAUCCUAAAAAAUAUUUGGAUAUAUUAUCUUCAAUGUCCGGUAUGAUUGCAAGUACUUUCGAAAAGAGAAUGAAGAAGUCGAAUGCGAAAUUCACUUCGCCAAAGAAGAAUGGAGAGAUAGAUACAUCUGAAGUCAGUAAUAUACUUCAACUUUAUUCUGCUAUUGGAAGAGCCCGCGCUAAAAGAUGGGAAGAAAAGGACUCGAACCCAGUAAUAUACAAGCCAAAAUAA